GCAGAUAAAAGGCAGCUGGUGUCCAGGCACACGCACUCAUACAUAGCUCUCUGCACCCUACCAGCCAUGCCCAGCUCCUACAUGCUGUUGGCUUGUGCCCUCCUUGCCCUCCUGGGCUUGGGAAGUGGCUGUAGCCUCACUGUCCCCCGGAGGGAGUGGGGGGCCCUGGUGUCCAAGUGCUCUGAGCCCCUGCAGCUGCCCGCACACUACGUGGUGAUCUCCCACACCGCGGGCAGCACCUGUUCCAGCCCGGCCUUAUGUGAGAAGCAGGCCCAGAACAUCCAGAGCUACCACAUGCGCUCCCUAAACUGGUGCGACGUAAGCUACAACUUCCUGAUCGGAGAAGAUGGCCACGUGUAUGAGGGCCGCGGCUGGCACACCAAGGGGGCCCACUCAGGUUCUGCCUGGAACCCCAUCUCCAUCGGCAUCAGCUUCAUGGGCAACUACAUGGAGCGCAUGCCCCCCCCGCGGUCCUUCCGGGCGCUGCAGAAUCUGCUGGACUGUGGGGUGGCUCAAGGCUUCCUGAGACCCAAAUACCAGCUCAAAGGCCACCGGGAUGUGCAGAAGACACAGUCCCCAGGCGACCAGCUCUACAACGCCAUCAGGCAACUGCAGCACUACCACGAAUAAGGGCGCCCAAGAACCCAGUGCAGUCCUCCUGCUGUC